AUGGUGAGAGCUGGUCGAUACCCCGAGGCGGGGUUGAAGAAGGGACCGUGGUCUCUGGAGGAGGACGAGAAACUCGUCUCCUACAUCCAGAGAUACGGACAUGGGAACUGGCGGGCUCUCCCAAAACAAGCCGGUGAGUUCCGACCGAUCCAUAUCCGCAAAGCAGUUUUUUCGUUCGCUUACUUUCGGAAUAUCUACAAAUUACGGUCCGUAGGAUUCGCAAGAUAAAGUGAUUAAUCCUCUCCCAUCAGGGGCACUAGAGAGAUUAUUCUUAUAUUUUGUUGCAGUGAUUAUACAAAAUUUUGAAACCUUGUCCUAGCGAAUCGAGUUCUCUAAAACAUCGCUCUCUCACUCUCCCUCUCUCCGUGUGUUUCAUGGCUUGUAGGCCUAUCGAGGUGUGGCAAGAGUUGCAGACUCCGAUGGUUGAACUACCUUCGACCGGAUAUCAAGAGAGGGAACUUAACGAAGGAGGAAGAGGAGGCCAUCAUCGCGUUCCAUGGGCAACUCGGCAACAGGUACAUACCAAUGGGGCUUCAGGAUUCUUCUCAUUCCGAAAGAUUUCAUCUCAAACUCUAAAGAGGGGGAGCAGGGGGGAGCAUUGAGCAAGAAACAAUAGCUGAUUGUUGAUUGUUUGUGAGAACUAAUUCGAGCUUUCUCUUCUCCACAGAUGGUCUGCAAUUGCUGCUAGACUUCCUGGUAGAACGGACAACGAGAUCAAGAACGUGUGGCACACACACCUAAAAAAGCGUAUGACGCCGAGUCCGGCUAGCUCUGAACCGAAGAAGUCCCCGGGUGAUGCUACGGCUGUCUCCGGCGCCGCUGAGUCCUUAGGGGGGUCAUUUAACGAAGUCUCAUCGACUGUCCGCAUGAUGAACAGUGAAACCAAGGACACAUGGGUCAUCGACGAGAACUCCAGCUCUCUGGAUGAGUUUCUGGAGGGGAUUGAGAACAGCAGGGAUUCCCUUCCCAUGUUCACCGCCCACCCUCCCGUCGACGAUCACAUGGAUUUCUGGAGAAACGUGUUGAUGGAGGGCGGAGAGAGCAGUCGGACUUGA